AUGUUUAGCAAGUGUCAAAUUGUACCGGCACUUGCUUCAGCUGUUCAUGGUGCAACUGAAGAACUUCCACUUAUGCCUGACUCUCCUUCACCAUUAAUUAAUCGUAGUCGAUUAGCAUCAUCAACAUCAUCAACAACAUCUCCACAUUUAAUAAAUAGUGAUUCACAUUCAUCGAAUAAAAUUCGUUUAAAUUCUAUACCAACAUAUUCUCGAGCAACACCACAACUUGAUGUACGAAAAGCAUUUGCUUAUUUUGAUAAAAAUCGUGAUGGAAAAUUAAGUAUUAAAGAAUUUAAAUCAGUUAUGCAUGAUUUAGGUUAUAAAGCAGUUGAUAAACGUUUUAUAAAACAAAUGUUUGCUGAAGCUAAUCGAAAUGGUAAUAGACGUACAUUAAGUUAUGAAGAAUUUGUAGAUUUUCUUGAAUCAAAAUUAAAUUUACAAACUCCAGGAAUAAAAGAACCAACAACAACUAAUCAUUCAUCAUUUUCUCAAGAAACAAAUUCUUUACCAUUACCAAAAAUGCAACUUGAUGUUGAAACAUUAUUUAAUUGUUAUGAUUUAGAUAAAAAUGGUUAUAUUGAACCGAAAGAACUACGUAAAGUAAUGAAACGUUUAACGGGAGAAAAAUUAUCUAAACAAGAUAUUGAAGAAAUGAUUAGUGUGGCCGAUCGAAACGGUGAUGGACUUUUAGAUAAGAACGAAUUUGCACUCUUAUGCAAUGCUUUUUAA